AUGGAUAAUUUUAUCUAUCGCAAGAAUCUAGCAGAAUCUUUUAAUUCUGAUCUUCCUUCGGAUUCUAGUACUUUGAUCGUUGGUUCACAACAUGGUACUGGUGAAAUCGAUUCAUUAGAUAACGUUGGUAAUCGCACAGGGUUAUUUUCCAAAAAUAGCUCUGAAAAUACCUCCAAGGUUAACCCAGAGUUGCAAACCGUAUGUUUUCUAAGGGGUAACCAAGAUGAUUCCGAAGAGCACGAAAUAGAGUUCACUGAUGGCGCACGCUGCCUUGAAAUUCGAUGUCAUGGCGAAUUAGUUUGGAAAUCUGAUAAUGAGAAUCAGGGUAAACAACUUAGAUUGAAGAGAAUUAAGGACCGCGUCGAAAUUGAGGACAAGGGGACUGGUGAAGUUAAGUGUUUGGAUCUAGGGAGUGAGUUAUACCUUGAUUUUUUCACAUUUGGUAGUAAGCACCCCAAUGAUAAAGCCAAAUAUGAUUUUAAACGGAUUAGCAAUACAGAAGGCAUUUUUACUUUUAAAAAAGGUGCUCGAUGCACAGAGGUUAGAGGAAACGGUUUGGUCGUAUGGAAAGCAGCCAAAGGUGAUAGAUGUGCUCGUUCUGUGAGUUACUGUGGCACCAGACAGUUGUCCAUCAACUUUAGUGACGGUGUCCAUGUAUUUAACAGAAAAUAUGGGAGAUGGGUUAAAGAGGGAGAAGAAGUGGAGGAGGAUGUUGAACCACAACCUACUGAAGAAGAGUCUGAGCCAGUUAUAUCCGAUGAAUCAGAUUUAGAUGAGUUGGAUGAGUUAGACUUGAUACCAGAAGAUCAGGAUACAGUAUCAGAUGAUUCCGAUCAAGAACUAGACGAGCAAGCAGAAUCUAUUUCUCAACCACCUGAAUCCGUUUUAGUAAUAGAAGACUCUCGCAGACCAUCUUUAACUGAAAGUGACUCGCAAACUUUAACACCUCCCCCACCUUCACCUGAACCGUCAGAGCAUGACCUCGUAUCGGAAGUAACGCCCGUCCAAUCUUAUUCAGAGGCUCCAACUCGUCCUGACGACCACUUGAGAACCGAGCUUGAGGAUAAAACUAAGGAAGAAUUGCUUGAGUUAGUCAUUCAACUUACUAAAGAGAAACAGGAAUUAACUAACGAGAAUCAGAGAAUAUCAAAUGAGAAUCAGAAGCGUAAAAGUGCCAAUAAGAAACUCUUAAAAGCUAACCGGAAACUAACAAACGAAAAUUUGGAAUUAUCUCACGAGAAACAUACACUAACUAAAAGUAAUGACGAGUUGUCAGCACAUGUUCAGAGGCUCAUAAGUCCAUCUGCUAAAAACAUCUACCCUGUGGUUUUAAAAACCACCGAUUUAACUAACAGUAAAUUUUUCGAUUAUUCUAAGCAAGGGAACAAGCACAUAUAUACCGCUAAGGAAGGAUUUUUAGCCAACAUGGUGAAACACUAUAAAACACUCUUAUGGCACACACUUAAAAGAGACGAGUUUGCAAAUAAGGUUGAACUUGUUGAUGAUAAAAAGGCUAUUAUAUAUCACGUUAACGAGACAACAACAGAAAAGGAUUUAACUUUAUAUAUGCUUGAGCUUCUUAUGGAUAUAAAGCAUUCGACUGACGAAGUUAUUUAUAAGAAAAACGAAAAAAAGAAAAUUGAAAAAUUUAUAUGUAAACCAUUAUUUAUUAUUGAUAAGGCAUGGAAUAAUAAUCAAGCGGUAUGGACAGCACAACCAGAUCCGACGCAGCCUAACUCUGGACCUCUUUACUCACGUAAAAUUGUCGUCAACAAUUCUGAGGAUCCACCCUCUGUUAGAGUAUUCUUCUAUGGAGGAUCAGAUGAAGGCGAUGACGACGAUGAAGCAGACCCAGACUACGUCAUAGUGCCAAACCCGGAUGUGCCCACUGGGAGAACCUUUCAAUCGGAAAAAGCACCUUCUGCUUUUAGGCAAACUCAAGCAUUUUUUCCUAUCCCCUCACAUAUUAAUGCCGAUGCAUCCGUCUCAACGCCUACGCCAGAUCCAGCUGACGAUUCUUCUGAAUGCCCAGCUGAAAUCAAAUUCUACGCUAAUGACCCCAAUGAUGCUAAUAAGACUCUGGAGUUAGACUCCAACAGUUAUCAAUGGAAAAAAAUUGGUAGAGGAAGACACGACUGUGAUUUUAAUGAAGGUGUCAAGUGCACAUUCGUCGUGUGUGAUGGAAUUGAGGUUUGGAAGUUUGGUGAUUUCCAGUCCAAUCAAUACCCGAAACAAGUAUCUUAUACGAACGGAGCAUUAAUAAAUAUAAAUUUCCCCGGUCUUAACAUUUCAUAUGAAAAGGGCACUGUUCCCAAGUGGUUUGGCACGUUAGAUGAUGAUGGUAGCCCUAAACGUUUCAACUCAGAUGAGUCACACUUCAGCUCAAAUAUAUACAUUUUUACCUCGAGUUCUACACAUUUUCGUGAAGUUGAUUUAAUAGUUUUAAAUGAUGUAUUUAUUGAUAACUCAAAUGUUAAACAUAUUAACAGUUAA